UAGCCUUUCCCUCCCAUUUCUAGAACGUCUCUGUACUCAGUAGCCGGUGAUUCAGUUAGGAGGCACAUAAAGCAAAAUGACGACGAGAAUUGCUCCGGGCGUGGGAGCCAAUCUUCUCGGACAACAUUCCGCUGAGAGAAACCAAGAUGCUACAGCUUAUGUCGGUAACCUCGACGCUCAGAUCACAGAGGAAUUACUGUGGGAAUUAUUUGUUCAAGCAGGCCCUGUUGUGAAUGUCUAUGUGCCAAAAGAUAGAGUAACAAAUCUCCAUCAAGGUUAUGGAUUUGUAGAAUUCAGAAGCGAAGAAGACGCUGACUAUGCAAUUAAAGUUCUUAAUAUGAUCAAGCUUUAUGGGAAACCUAUACGCGUAAAUAAGGCUUCUCAAGACAAAAAGAGCUUGGAUGUUGGAGCGAAUCUAUUUGUUGGGAAUUUGGAUCCUGAUGUGGACGAGAAACUUCUUUAUGAUACUUUCACGGCGUUUGGAGUUAUUGUCACAAAUCCUAAGAUUAUGAGAGAUCCAGAGACAGGAAACUCUCGCGGCUUUGGAUUUAUUAGCUACGACUCUUUUGAGGCAUCUGAUGCAGCUAUUGAGGCGAUGAAUGGCCAAUAUCUUUGUAAUCGUCAAAUCACAGUAUCCUACGCAUACAAGAAAGAUACUAAGGGAGAGAGACAUGGCACUCCUGCAGAGAGAGUUCUAGCUGCAAGCAAUCCAAGUUCUCAGAAAACAAGACCUCACACCCUGUUUGCAAGUGGUCCCCCGACUCUUCCUCAAGCCAAUGGCGCUGUACCUACACCUGCUGCUCCAAGACCCCUUUCAAAUGGUGCAGUCCCACCACCUCCCAUGCCCCAAUUCCGUCCUCCACCACCACCACUAGUUGGCUCUUUUCCCCCUCCUCCAAUGCAGAUGGGCAACACUUGGCAAGGGCAACCCCAGCAGCCAGGUCAAGGGCCACCACCAAAUAUGAUGCCCCCACCACCUCCACAGUUCAGGCCAGCACCACCACCAAACAUGAUGCCGCCACCGCCGCCUCAGGGAGGUCAAGGUCUUGGAAGGCCACCUCCUCAAAUGUCAAUGGGAGGUCCUCCUGUGUGGAGGCCACCUCCUCCACCUCAGCAAUUGGCUGGCAGGCCGCCUUUCCACCAACAGUUUUCAAUGCCGCCUCCACCACCCCCACAUUCAGGCUAAAGAUGUUGAGGUCCUAAGAUUUGGAUACCUAAAAUUUUUGUCCUUGUACAACCUUAGUUACAGAUUUUAUUAUGUGAUGAGGUACACUCUUAAUAGGGAGUUAGCUUUUCCUAGUGAUGUUUACUUUAGCUAAUCUAUAUCAACUUCUUGAAUCCCUAAAAAAAUAUAUAUUAACUUCUUGAA